AUGGCCGUUCCGGGCAUGAACCAAAGCCAGAAGCAGGUUGAUGUUGCGUUGAGAGGACUGGAAAUGCCCAUCAAGGAUGGGUAUAAAGCCAAGUUGAAGAUGUUCCCAAGAAGGCCAUCAGCGCCUCAGGCAUUCUACUUCGUGCGCCGGUCGUCGACCUUUUCCCGAGGCUUGUCAGGUCUUAAGAUCAACGCCGAUCGUCUUCAAGAAACAAUUCACCAUACUUGUCAAUGGGGAGCGGCUCAUCGAUAUGGCAGAGGCCCAAAUGAAACUGGCAUGGCCCGGCUGACUCUCUCAGAUGAAGAUGCCACCGCGAGACGAUGGUUCAUAGAAGAGACGCAGAGAUUGGGUUGCGAUGUUAAAGUUGAUCAGAUGGGCAACAUCUUUGCUAGGCAAAGAGGAUCACUGGGCUCAAAACUGCCCAUGACUGCGAUGGGCAGCCAUUUGGAUACUCAGCCCCAAGGCGGUAGGUACGAUGGCAUCCUAGGGGUCGUUGCUGGUAUCGAAGCACUUAGAACGAUGAAAGAGAAUGGCUAUCACUCUAAAUUCGAUAUUGGAGUCAUCAAUUGGACAAAUGAAGAGGGCGCCAGGUUUCCUGGCACAACAGUCUCCUCCAAAGUCUGGGCAGGAGAAAUACCAAUACAAAGGGCUUGGGAUCUGAGAGAUGUUUCAAAUCCCUCCAUCACAAUGAAGUCAGAACUCGAGAGACACGGAUACUUAGGGAACACUUCGUGUUCGGCAACUCAAGGUUACCCGGUAGGGGCGCACUUUGAGCUACAUAUCGAACAAGGUCCUUUGUUGGAAUCCAGAGGGAGAAAGAUCGGAGUUGUUCGAGGCGUACAAGCCUGCAGAUGGCUCACUUUUGCCGUAGCCGGCCGGAGUGCUCACUCGGGUACGACGCCUUAUUCAGCGAGGAAAGAUCCGCUAUUAGCUGCGGCGAAGAUGAUUGCGGCCUCGAAUGAACUGGCCCAGACAUCUGGGGCUUUCGUGACCACAGGAAUCAUCAAAGUUCCUCCGGGAUCGUCGACCAAUGCAGUUGCUUCGCAGGCAAUGUUCACACUAGAUAUUCGCCAUCCAGAUAAUAAGACCAUCUCUGAGGUCCAGGAUCAAUGUCUCGCCUCUUUCCAGGAGAUUUGCCGCGAAAACGGCGUGGAGCUGAGCUGGAGCAUCGAUGUGGAUUCCCCCGCCACCAUUUUUGAUGAGGACUGUGUAUGGGCUGUCGAAACAGCAGCGAACGGUAUCGUGGGACACGAUGGCUGGCUUCGUAUGACGAGCGGCGCGACACACGAUAGUGUGAAUACGAGCAAGCAUUGUCCAACAACGAUGAUAUUUGUACCCUGCAAAGACGGUAUCAGUCAUCACCCAGAAGAGUAUUGCAAUCCGGAGGAUUGUGCUUUGGGGGCGCAGACACUUCUCGAUUCUGUCAUCAUUUACGACAACAGGAGACUAGCAAAGCUUCAAUAG